AUGUCUUCUACGCCCACAAUCCUACCGCCGACCGACCCUGCCAUAACGUCUAUUCCAGGCGCGGCACCAGGCGGCCCAGUACCAGUGCCAGGUAUACCUCUGCCUGCAUUCGAUAACACUUUGGGUGCUUUAUUCAUUGGAGCAGUCCUGUCCAUGAUGCUCUAUGGGAUCGUCUGUCUACAGAUGUUCAUAUACGUAACUUCGGAGCGCACAAAAAAGGACAGCAUAUGGUCUCGGUUGCUGGUCUUGUUUAUCUUUGUGAGUGCCGCAAGAUUGAUAGAUACCGUGCAUCAGGCUAUGACAAUCGCGGCAAUGUAUCGGUUCCUGAUUACAGACUUUUUGAACCCAUUUGCGCUCGCUUCUGGAGGAGCUGGAAGUGGGGAAGUGUUUACCUACGCUCAGUCAAUUAGUGCGAGUUGUGGAGUUUUGUUGACGCAGCUGUUCUUUUCGUGGCGCAUCUGGGCAUUCUCCGGCGUGUCAUUGAACUCUCCAACGAGAUUGAUCGUUUGUAUUCUUACCGUUUUAUUGGCUCUCUUUUCGUUCGGGAGCUCCAUUGAUUUAGCAAUCAACGGCUUCAACCAUCGUCUAUUAACCGUGAAUACGCCUGACUUUAUUCUAUCGUACAAACUCUCUGCUUGCAGCAGAUUUGUGUUCGACGUAUUUAUUACCUUGGCCAUGACUUUGACACUGUAUCGUUCAAGGUCCGGCGUCAAAAGGUCCGACCAUGUCAUUAAACUUCUCAUCAUGUUCACCGUCAACACAAAUUUACUCACGACUUUACUCUCUAUAUCUGAACUCGUGACGUUCUUGGUCCUGCCCAACGCUACAAUCUACGGCGGACUUGGAUUCUUAUCUCCUAAACUAUACUUUAACACAUUGCUCGCAGCACUCAACUCACGGGACUACAUGCGCAAUGAGCUCAACCACGGAGAUGCUGUCAUUUCCAGCUCGGAGCUGGAGAACUCUGCUGGGAAGCGGCGUAUCGGAGUCGACGCUUAUAAUUCGGCAGCGUUUUCUACCGACAGAUUCGGCAAGAUGGGUGACGGGAGAACCGACGAUUCUUUAACAUUUACGACCUCUGGUAGAUUGAGGCAGGACACGGAGACUCAAGGAACAUAUGAGAUGGCCCUGCAACCCAUCACUAAUCGUUCUAACUUGGAUUAA